AUGAACACUCAUUUGUGCGAAUUUAUUCCGGAGAGGUACGCCACUUUGACCCAUUGUUGGGGAGACCCGUCGCGGCCGCCUCUCAAGACGGACAAAGCCUCUUUACAAGAAAGGCUCAAAGAAAUCCCUCUCAACUCCAUGCCGGCAAACUUUCGUGAUGCCGUCUCGGUCACUAGGGCUCUCGGGCUUCGCUACCUGUGGAUCGAUUCGCUAUGUAUCAUCCAAGACGAUAAACACGACUGGCAAAGAGAAUCAGCAAGCAUGGCCAGCAUUUACCGAUGCGCUUACAUCACUCUCUGCGCUUUGCAAGGAAACUCAUCUUUCUCUGGUUUUCUUGACAAACGCUUUCUAACUCCAUCUGUUGAGAUUGCAUACAGGUCUUCUUUAUGCUGUGAAAUAUCCGGUACAUACUUCAUUAGAGAAAACAGCAACAGAAAAAACAGCUUCCAUACAGGUUUCAAACCAUUGACUUCUUCCUCAUGGAUGCACCGUGGGUGGACACUACAGGAAACGGUGCUUUCCCAAAGGAAAUUGCUCUUCACGGAUAGUAUGGUCUUCUUUAUUUGUGGCAAAAGGUGUCGACAGGAAAACGGUGACGAUACAUUUAGCCCUCUACGCCUUCACUGGCCAGAGGCAAGUGUUACAAAAUCGGGGACACAAUAUGAGGUAGAGGAGUGGAAGGAUUCCUGGAAUCGUAUUGUUGAAAAGUACUCCGGUCGAAUAUUCACAUUUCCAGAGGACAAAUUACCAGCAUUAUCAGCAUUGGCAGAAGAUAUAGCUUUUGCUACUAGAGAUCAAUAUUUGGCCAGACUAUGGGAGUCAGACAUACACCAAGGGCUUCUGUGGUUAGAUAUCCCACCUCAUAUCUCUCUUGGCGAUGACGCAUGCAUGAAAGCAUGCCGGACGCGGCCUUUUACGGCGCCGUCUUGGAGUUGGGCA